AUGCUGGCCUCUAAGACGAAACUUGUGAAGGAUGUUAAACGUAGUGGGACUGGUGCUUACUGCGCUGCUGUUAACUGCAAUAACAACAGAAAGUCAUGCCCCAAUCUUCAGUUCUACCGUUUCCCAUCGGACGAAAGCCGAUGCAGAAAAUGGGUACAAAAUAGCAGGCGACAGGAUCUGCUUAACAAGUCAACCGCCUACUUGAACAAAAAUUGCUACGUUUGUUCCAAACAUUUUGAAAAGGAAUUUUUGCCAAAAUUCGUUAACGCAAGGUCCCGAUUAUCAAAGAAUGCAAUCCCCACCCUUUUUGAUGUCCCAAAUCCCCCGCCAAUAGUUGGAAGUAAAAGAGCCCCCCCAAAGCCAAGACAACCAGGUAUUUCAAAAAAACAAAAAUUGGACCUGGAUAACUAUGGAACUGGUGAUAGAUUUGAUAAAUGUAACCCUGAUGAAAUUGAAGAGGAUAGCACACCUAUAGAGGCUGCUGAUCAAAGCAAGUACAAUUAUAUUUUUUUUAAGAAGCUGCUUUUCAUAAAUCUUAAUUAUCAAAUAUUUUAUUUGCAGACAUUUUAAUUAAAAAUGGCCUAAUAUGAUUGUUGCUGACUACUGACAUCUCUGUUGAAUCAUUGUAUUUUUUAGGGAAAGAUGAGUCACCUUCAUCAACAAAUGGAGAAAAUAACAAAUAUUGUCAGUUUUCCCAAACCCCUGCUCAAUUUACUAUCAACACCCCAAGGAAAAGAAAACUCAGAUCCCUUUUGAAGAAAAAACGCAACAAAAUAGCCCUUUUAUCAAAGAAAUUGUCAUUUGGAAAGAAUCUCUGUUCAUCCUCCCCCCUUAAGAAAAACAAGAAGCGUGCAAUGAAGGCCUUGGAAUUACUAGAUGGAGUUAUUUCUCCUGAACUUCAUAAUUUUCUUAAAUGCCAAAUCAAAUUGUCCUCUCAGAAACCAAAAGGUUGUAGAUAUGAUGAUGCUUUUAAAGCAUGGGCACUCAAUUUGUACCACAUCAGCGGGAAAUCAUAUAGAUUUCUUGCUAAAUUGUUCCAUUUACCUACCAAAAGAACUCUCACUCGAAUGGUCUCUAGAUUUGCAUCUGAAGCUGGUUUCUCAGAGAAAUCUCUUUAUGUGGUAAAGGAAAGGAUAGCUUCAAUCCCUGAAAGUGCAAAGAUAUGUUCUCUUAUGAUGGAUGAAAUGUCUCUAAAGAGUCAUCUUUUCUAUGACAUAUCUAAUGACCACAUUGUAGGUUUGGAAGAUUAUGGUAGUGGAGAAAGUUCAGGUCUUCCUGCCACUUCUGCACUUGUUCUAAUGGUCAGAGGUGUCCUUUUCAACUGGAAGCAGCCAAUUGCAUAUUUUCUUGUAAAUGAAUCAAGUGGAAGUAGCCAGUUGAAAAAAAUCCUUGCUGAAGCUCUAAAUAAUUUGGAGUCAUUGGGUUUAGAUGUUGUUUCUGUUGUGUCUGAUCAGGGUUCUAAUUUUUUAAAAUUGUUUAAGACACUUGGUGUCACUGAAGAUCGUCCUUUCUUUUAUAUGCAAGGAAAGAAGUAUUUUACAAUAUUUGAUCCUCCCCACCUUCUGAAAUCUGUCAGGAACAACUUGAUGAAAUAUGAUGUUGGAUUUGAUGGGAAAGUUGCAAGCUGGAAUGACAUAAAAUCCUUCUUUGAGAAAGACCAGAAGCUACCAAUCAGGGUUGCUCCUAAACUGACUGACAGGCAUUUAAACCUAAAUGGGUUUUUGAAGAUGAAAGUUAAACUUGCAUCUCAAGUUUUUAGCCACUCUGUGGCUGCAGGUAUUUCCACUUAUGUGGCAUUAAAUGGUCUUCCAGACACAGCUCUUGGCACUGCACAAUUUGUUUCUCAAAUGGAUACCAUCUUUGAUUGCUGUAAUUCACUUAGUUUCCGGGAUCCAAAGUUUUGUCGCAGGCCUUUCUCUCCUACCUCUCCACAUCUGUCAGAGCUAAAAAAAGGAAUAAGGUUCUUCUCAUCCUUGAAAUUUUUUAACAGAGCCACAGGUGAAGAUCGAACAGACAAUUUGAAGUGUUUGACAGGUUGGAAAGUCUCUUUAAAGGCUAUUUUGUCCCUGUGGGAAAAAUUAUACCAUGAAGGUAUUGCAUCUUUUUUAGUUACCAGGCAACUAAAUCAAGAUCCUCUUGAAAACUUCUUUGGCUCUAUAAGACAGCAAGGUGGUAACAAUGAUAAUCCUACCCCUGUCCAGUUCAAGAGGGCUUACAGAAAGCUUUUUCACUCAAAUUUGCUACAUGUUGCCAGUGGCAAUUGUGAGGAAGACAAAGAUGAGCCUCUAACAAACUUAUCUGUCCUUAAUGAAAUUGCACGCAAUGAUAUCCACUUGCAGUCUAAUGCAUUGCAAUUAAUAUCACCAGACUACAGGACAGAUAAUAUUCAGAGCCAUAUUAUAAGUGAAAAUGCUAUCGCCUAUGUGGCAGGCUACUUACUGAGGAAAACAUUUAAUAAACAUAAAUGUGAUACCUGUGAAAAGGCUGUGGUGAAUGAUACCACUAACAACAUCAGACAUACUUUUCUGCACUUUAAAUCUUAUGAAGCAAAUUCCUCUUCUCAUGGAGGACUGAUAGUGCCCUCUGAAAGUAUGCUCCAGUACGUUGUUGAAUUGGAAGAUCAAUUUGUAGGCUACUUUUCCAGCCUAAAGAAAACAAAAGGAGUUGGAAAUGAGCUUCUUGACAUCCUGGAUAGAGUCACUCUUCAACAACCAUGUGCUUCAUUUGCAAAAAAAUAUCUUCUUAUGUUAUUUAUUAGAAUGCGUAUAUAUUAUUGCUUAAAAUUUGCAAACAGAGAGUUAAAGUCAUCAAAAAGAAAAAAUAGAAAAUAUUUAAAAAUAGUCCAUCUGUAGAUCAGAACUUCUUUGCAUCUUCACAAAGCCUUACAUUAUUUGAAUUCUUAACACCAUUAUCCUAUGCCAUAUUAUAUUUUCUUUUAUCAGUUAUC